AUGAAUGACAAUACUGGCAAAUCUCCUUUAAUUCUUGCAAUAAUUAAUAAUCGUGUUGAUGUUGCGAGAAAUUUGUUAUCUCGUGGAGCAAAUGUAAACUAUGUCGAUCGGUAUGGUUUGAGUCCAAUUCAUUAUGCAAUUAAGGCUUCCAAUUAUGAAAUGCUCGAAUUACUAGUAGAGUAUGGCGCCAAUAUAAAUUAG